GAACGUAGCUAGCUGUUAUGACGUUUUUACACUUUGCCAAAUAUCAUUCAAAAUUAGAGCAAUUUCGGGUCGACUAACUUAUCACGGAGCACAUAUGCACCGUAGACUAUAAUGAGUGACGUUUUCUAUAUAAAUAAAGCCUUCCAGUUAAUUCGGCAUACAUAUGACAGAAAAAGAUGUGCAUAUAGUAGGGAUAAUGUGUACCGAAUAAAGCAGUGACUCAUUCAAUAUCAAACAGCAGUGGGUGAGCUGUGGGUAACACGAUGUAGUGUUACCGCAGUAAUAUGACAGAAAGUUAAACGGUUGAUUUAGACAUUUCCAGUCAACUACGCAGUAUGAAUGAAGUUCUUCUAAUAUUGAGUGUAAUUUUAUCGGGGCUGGCUAGUUAGCAACGCUGUUCUGUUAAAUGCCAAACUGACAUGCUGUUCACCACAUGUUUAAAAAACUGCCUAAGCAUCAGUAGCAGCAUUAGCUCCGUGCUAACUGGUCCAGUCAGGAUGGAGCUGUCCCCCCCCCCAUCAGGUCUAGAAACAGAAUAUAAGACUCUUUUCACCACAGAGUGCCUCCUCUUGCUCCACGAGCUGAUCUCCACCUUUGAUGAGGAGGUGGAUCAGGUCCUGCGGUUACGAGUGUCCAGAAAGGCCCAUUUGGACCUUUCAGGUGACCUGCCAAACUUUCUGGAAAGUACCGCACAUAUCAGGAGAGACCCAGCCUGGAGGGUGCUCCCCGUCCCCCCGAGGCUCCAGAGAAGACACGUGGAUAUCGGGGACCUGGCUCCCUGCGAUACCCAGCGCUUCAUUAAAGCUCUCCAGUCACCAGCACAAGGAAUACAGGUGGACUUUGAUGAUGGGAACUGCCCCACAUAUUAUAACCAGGUCAAAGGCAUUUAUAAUGUUUUUAAGGCGGUUCACAACCACUUCCCCAGUGUUCCGCACAUCUCUCGGGCUCCAGUGCUGAUGCUUCGUCCUCGCGCCUGGAACAUAGUGGAGCACAACCUGAUGGUGGAGGGGAAGGAAGCUCCUGGUCCUCUCUUUGACUUUGGACUCCUCAUGUUUCACUGUGGGAAGACACUUUUUGAAAACAAGAGUGGACCCUUUUUCUACCUUUCAAAAGUGGAGAGCUUCAUGGAGGCCAGACUGUGGAACAACAUAUUUGUUUGGACACAACACAAGUUGGGCCUUCCACUGGGCAGCAUCAAGGCGACGGUGCUGAUUGAAAAUGUAUUAGCAGCAUUUGAAAUGGAGGAGAUUCUCUACGAGCUGCGGGAGCAUUCAGCAGGACUCAACUGUGGCAUCUGGGAUUAUUCAGCCUCCUUCGUCAAUAAGUUUGGUCACCGCCAGGCCUUCCUGCUGCCGGACCGCAGUAAAUAUGUGAACAUGGAGAAGCGUUUUCUACGCAGCUACAUGGACCUGCUGGUUCAGACGUGUCACCGGAGAGGGGCCCUGGCCACAGGAGGCAUGGCAGCCCUGCUGCUGCCUCAGGAGCCAAUCAGUGACUCCCACAGGACAGUGUUGGCUACUGUGACCAGACUGAAGUUGCUGGAGAUCAACGCAGGUGUGGAUGGUUUCAUGGUUUAUGAUCUGAGCUUGAUUAAGCCCAUGCAGAAACUCUUCAAGCUCCACACUGAAGGUGAUAACCAGCUUCACCAGCUUCGAAAUGAUGUCACUGUGACUCCUGAUGACCUGCUGUCCAUGCCUUCAGGAGGAGUCACCCUUUAUGGUUUGAAGUACAACAUCGCAGUUGGUGUCCUCUUUAUUAAUGCUUGGCUCUCAGCUAAAGGACACUUUUUCUACAGAGGACAGGUGGAAGAUUCAGCCACAGCAGAGAUUUCCAGAUCACAGGUGUGGCAGUGGAUCCGUCAUCAGACUAAGCUGGAAGACGACAGCAGGAUGGUGAGCAGGUGGCUGGUGACUGACCUCACCAAGAAGGUGAUGAUGGAGCUCAUGGUGCACUGUCACUCUGUCCGGGCUAAACAGAGGUUACAAACCGCAGCGGACAUGUUCCUGGAGGUGGUCCUAAAGAGGGAUUUCCCAGAGUUCAUUACCACCUACUUGAAUCAGGACCACACCUUUCUCAGCUCACAGAGCACUGAACAGGUGGAUGCUGUGGACACAGACAUGCCCCUGUCCAAACUGUGAGCUGCAACACUGCUUCCUGUUCUCACCUCAACACUAUCUUUACAUAGAAACACACUUUGAAGACUUAAAAAAUUGCUAUGGACAUUAUUUGUUAGCUAUUUUAUAGCCAUAAUCAGUCAGUUAAAGAAAAGAUCAAAUGAUAUUGAAAAUAGUAAUUACUGGCAAAAUGUCGUUCAACAGCUUAAAUGGUAACAGAUUAAAGUAUCAUGAUAGGGUAUAAAAGGGCGUCCUCAAAAGGCUUAGUUGUUGUGUGAAAAACUGUAUGGACAAAUAGUCCAACAGUUUCAAACAACUUUUCUCAAUACACAUUUACAAAUAAUUUAAGAUAUCACCAUCUACAAUCUGUAAUAUCAUCACAAAGAGAAAGGAGGAGAAAACUGCAUGUACGGGGUAAAGCUUAAAAACAAUAUUGAAUGCCCGUGACCUUUGACCCCCUCGGACUGUACCGCAUUAAAAACCAGGAUGAUUGUAUUAAGUAUUUUACAUGGGCUUAGGAACCCUUCGGAAAAAUAAUUGUCAGUAUAAUAGUUUGGACAAUCCCAGUAUACAGGUUUUGGAGCAACAUAUGCUGCCAUCCAGAUGUUUUUAAGUGACAUCUCUGCUUAAUCCAGCAAGACAAUGCCUAACCCCACUCUGCAUUUGUUACAACAGAGUGGCUCCAUAGUAAAAGAGUGCAGGUACUAGACUGACCUGUCUAAAAAAAUGUGUGGUGCAUUAUGAAGCACAAAACAAGAUAACCAAGAUCCUGGUCUGCCAAGCAACUUCAGUGAUAUAUAUCAAGCCAGAACUCACUUUCAAAACUUCAGUUAUUAGUGUCCUCAUUUCCCAAAUGCUUACUGAGUGUUGUUAAAAGGACAGGUGAUGUAAAAAAGUGGUAAAUAUGCUCCUGUCUCAGAUUUUUUGGAAUGUGUUACAGGCAUCAAAUUCAUAAUGAAUGUAUAUUUAUGAAACAAAAACAACAA